AUUCCUAGCUGAGAAUGCUAGUGUAACUCGUACUAGGCGAUUAUGACCUGAUGCGCAUGUUCCCGAACCCUCGGCCACAACCUUUGAGGCAUCCAUGCGAUUAAGAUCGUCAUAAGGCCAUUAACCCCAAAUACUCUUAUCUCUGGCACGAUGCGGCCAUGAAGUUGGAGUUCAAUUCCAAGCCAGGCAUCUACCAUGUAGUUGAUAAAUUCAAGCAUAAUCCUUAUCCCGGCGCGGUUCCAAUUACCUAAUCAUCAACAACAGGUUAUAUAAAAUCCCCAGGUCCGCGAUGACGAAGCACCUAGGCCGACAAUAGUCUAACGUCCCGCAUAGAGUUGCCCAGAUCGGUUUAUCAGUGGAACAGGGCUAAGGCGUACCCAGGUUAGUGUAAUCGGUACCUGAACGCGACGGAGAGCUGCUCGAAAUCGCCUAGCCCCGCGCCGGAAAAGGGCCAAGGAUCGUAACGCAGCGCAGAUCGCGUAGGUGAGAUAUCGGAAAUUCAUAUCACAGCUCUCAGGUGAGGUCAGCCAGCCUCCGCUGCCGCGGUAAUCUUACUUAUCGGCUGUUGCGGAGGGGGAGGAUGAGAAUGCUGUGAUAUAAAUUGUUGCCGUUGUUCGUUCGUUUUUUUGGGCCAGCUGCGAAGAGCGAAGCGUCUUGUCGUUGCACUUCAACAGCAGCUUACCACUCUCUAAGUACGCCCCGCCAAUAACGACUUCUUUUCGUUGCGAGGACGUCAAUACAUCACGAUGAGAUUUACGGACAGGCGAUUGCUCGCCGCGUGUUGCGCGCUCGUCGCGCCUCUCGGAUGUACUGCUAGAGUGAUUGAGCGUGGAGGACAUAAUGCGACAGAGUGCCGUAAGACGACCGUCGCGGUUCUCGGCGCGGGAGUUGCCGGUAUCACGGCAGCUCAGGCGCUGUCGAACGCGUCGGUGUCGGAUUUCCUGAUCAUCGAUCGCAAUGACUACAUCGGAGGUCGCGUGAGGCACACGAACUUCGGCAAAAAGCCCGACGGAACCCCCUACGUGGUUGAGCUCGGCGCCAACUGGGUACAGGGUCUCGGUUCCGAGGGCGGCCCGGAAAACCCGGUCUGGACGCUGACGAAGAAGUACGGCGUGAACAACACCUACUCCAACUACAGCUCCAUCCUUACGUACGACGAGACCGGCGCCAACGACUACAGCGACCUAUUUGACUCGUUCGAAAAUGCAUACGGCACGUUGGAGCAGGACGCAGGAUACAUCCUCACACAGAACCUGCAGGACACGAGCAUUCGUGCCGGCCUAAGCCUUGCUGGUUGGAAGCCCAAGAAGGACAUGCACGCACAGGCCCUCGAAUGGUGGGAGUGGGAUUGGGAAACCUCUUACCCACCCGAGCAGAGCGGAGAACUGUUCGGUAUUACCGGAUACAAUUUAACAUAUUACCAAUUCAGCGACGCCAACAACUUUGUCUGGGACCAGAGGGGUUUCAACACGUGGGUGAUCGGUGAGGCGUAUGAGUUCCUUAAGGAGAAUGACCCGAGGCUCCUGCUAGAGACUGUCGUGAAGGGGAUCACGUACGGCCCCGAGGGCGUCAUUGUUCAGCUCGAGGACGGCGGAUGCAUCGAAGCUCAACACGCUAUCACAACAUUUUCUGUCGGAGUCUUGCAGAACGAGGUGGUCGAAUUCGACCCACCACUACCGCAGUGGAAACGCGCGGCAAUCGAGCAAUUCCAGAUGGGUACAUACACCAAGAUCUUCCUGCAGUUCAACGAGACCUUCUGGGACCGAGACACCCAGUUCUUCCUAUACGCCGAUCCCGACACGCGGGGCUACUAUCCCGUUUGGCAGUCGCUCUCGGCCCCUGGCUUCAUCGAGGAAUCCAACAUCAUCUUCGUAACGGUGGUCGGCGACAAGUCAUACCAUGUUGAGCAGCAAUCGGACGAGGUGACCAAGGCGGAGGUUAUGGCGGUUAUCCGUGCUAUGUUCCCCGACAUCGAGAUCCCCGACCCGAUCGACUUCAUGUACCCACGAUGGAGUCUAGAAGAGUGGUCGUAUGGCUCCUACAGCAACUGGCCCGUCGGCAUGACGCUGGAGAAGCACCAGAACCUGCGCGCCAACUUGGACCGGCUCUGGUUUGCCGGCGAAGCCACCUCAGCGCAAUACUACGGAUUCCUGCACGGAGCCUGGUACGAGGGCCGCGACGUCGGAGAGCGCGUUGCCGGCCUGGUGAAGAAGACCAAGAGCCACCAAUGCGAUAGCAACUCGACGAUCGGCUGCGGGACGAUGACGGACUACAAGGUGCUCCACGGAACAACUUCUCUGAAGGAGUACACCGUGGCCAACGGAUGGCCGGUAAGUAGUUUCCUGACAUACGGUUAUGAGGAGUGAAAACCGUGUGCGAGCGACCAUAUUUGUGACAAUAUGUACCUUGAAUAAUCCAAAUUUCUAAUCUGUUUGAUAAACACAUCAAUUUUAAUCAACCACUUUUAUCGCAAAC